AUGGAGGCGGAAAGAGAUAAAGUCUUGAUGGAGGCUGAGGCCAAGAAAACUGACAAGGCCAGCCAGGAACAGGCGAAGAGAAUUCGAGACGAAUAUGAAAGAAAGCUCGCAGACAUGAGAAAUGAGUUUAGAAAACUCCAAAUGGUUGAGAGGGAACAUAAGAGGAUGCAGGCGCGACAAGAACGCGAGCGUCAAGAACUGAUGAGAUAUCAAGUUGAGUUGAAAGAGCUGAAGAGGGUUAAGGUCGAUCUGAUGAAAAAAAUUAAAGAAGAGAUGAAGCGUGCCCAGCAGCAACAAAGCAGUAAUGCAAAACGAUUAGCUGCUUUGGAUAAGGAAGCUAGGAGACGUGACAACCUCAUUCGUCAACUGGAAACGAAAGACAAACAACGGGAGCAGUUUAUGAAACGAACGAAUGAGGAGAUUACUCGUUUGCGAAAAGCUCAGAAAGAACAGAUGAGACAGGCUCGCGCAGCAGCGGCACACAACCGUAUGAUGACACCAAUGCGAGCAACUCCUGCUCGUAUGAUUCGCACACCUCAUGGAAAGGGCCAGCCACCACCGGAAAUCGCUUUCUCUCCAAAACAAGCGAAAAUGAAGUGGACAUUUAUCGAGAAGAGGGUCAGUGAUUUACGGAAUCCAUAUUUUUUUGUUACAAUUUUUUUGGCAAAUGAGUUUCUUUAACU